AUGGCUCAUCAAGAAAUGGAAGCGCACCUGAAAGACAAGUUUCUGAACGGCCUUAGUAUGAAGGACAAAAGCAUCUCCAAGAUUCCACGGUACCACCAAUUUCAAGAUAUAAAGAAUUUGCUAGAAGUCAUGUUCAGCUCAUCCACGCCUGCAGAUCCAUCAGUCAGGGACAAGCUUUACAAGCUCAACAAUCUCUUGACCGAGUGCAAGAUGCUAUCAAGAAAACAUUGUUUCAACUCCCCGGAGGAGCUAAUUACUAUUCACAGAAUCCGGAGAGACUUGAGGCUGAUCAAGAAGGAAAUCCAGGCCAUUGUCUCGGAGGAAGCAUCAACUCGAGGCAAUAGUACUGAAGAACGUAAUACUGGUGAUUCAAGCUCACCUGAUAUAGGCAUUUUGAGAUGGACUACUCGUGCAGUAGAUGCAACAAAGGUUUAUGGAUUUGAUGAUGAGGUGUUGUCAUUGGAAAACUUGCUUCUCAAGAAAGGAAGUGAUGUUCAUCAGUUCAAGGCUGUAGGCAUUGUUGGCAGGGAUGGUAUAGGAAAGACAACGCUUUGCCAACUGAUGUUCAACAAAGAGGAAGUGAAAAAAGACUUCAAUCCAAGGAUCUGGGUGUGCAUGGCCAGACACCCGGAUGAAGACAAGGCUGAGGAUCUUAAAGUAGCAAUUGUCAAAAGAAUGUUGAAGUACCUUGGAGUCGAAGAGGCGAUAGUCAAGUCGGUUUGUGAUGUAAAACCUGGCCUAGAAGGACUGCUAUGUGCUCUUUAUCUGCAAUUGUUAGGAAAGAGGUAUCUAAUUGUGCUUGAUGAUGCUAGGGAGACAGACUCAUGGUAUAAAGAGUUGGAUUCCAGUUUGACUCAUGAUAAGAAAUGGGGUGACAGCUUCGGAUUUGGAUUUCCGAAAGACAGUGGAGGAAGAGUCAUAGUUACAAGCAGAAAUGAAGAACUAGCAAACAUCAUGGUUGGGAAGGAAAAUGUACAUCAUCUUGAGCCAAUGUUGGACAAUGAAAGCUGCUGGGCGAUAUUCAAAGACUCGGUUAUUGACGAAGAUCUGUUACCAGCCAAUCACUCAACCUUGGAAGCAGAACUGAAAUUAGAAGUAAAACAGAAGUGUGGCGGUCUUCCGUUAGCUGCGAAAAUGAUGGGACAAGCAAUGCAGAAGCAGGAAGAAGAGCGUACAUGA